GCGGAUCCUGGGGGGGUUAAGUUCCUUGGAGAACGGCCAACGCACGGGUCAAGGUGGCCGGGGGACCGGCUUAUCCGACACGGGUUGAAGCGGCUGCGGCCAGGGUGGGCGGCUUCGGGGCCUGCUGGGCCGAAGAGAGGGAGCCUCUGAUUGGCUGAUCUGCUGGAGUAGGCGGGAGAUCAGGAAGCAAACACUCAACAACCCCCGCAGAUAAUUAUUACUUGGCUCGGAGAAGGACUCUGCAGGUUGUGGUCAGCUCCUUGCUGACAGAGGCUGGGUUUGAGAGUGCCGAAAAGGCAGCAGUGGAAACCCUGACGGAGAUGUUACAGAGCUAUGUGUCAGAAAUCGGAAGGAGUGCCAAGUCCUACUGUGAGCACACAGCAAGAACUCAGCCAACCCUUUCGGAUAUUGUUGUUACCUUAGUCGAAAUGGGGUUCAAUGUAGAAACUCUCCCUGCAUAUGCCAAGCGCUCCCAGCGGAUGGUCAUCACUGCACCGCCUGUGACAAAUCAGCCCGUGACUCCCAAAGCUCUAACGGCUGGACAGAACAAACCCCAUCCAUCCCACAUCCCCGGCCAUUUUCCUGAGUUCCCAGAUCCUCACACCUACAUCAAAACUCCGACGUACCGGGAGCCAGUUUCAGAUUACCAGAUACUACGGGAAAAAGCAGCGUCACAGAGGCGUGACGUGGAAAGAGCUCUGACUCGCUUCAUGGCAAAGACGGGAGAGACGCAGAGUCUCUUCAAGGAUGAUGUCAGCACGUUCCCACUGAUUGCUGCCAGGCCUUUCACAAUACCGUACCUGACUGCACUUCUCCCCUCUGAGCUGGAGAUGCAGCAGAUGGAGGAAACAGAUUCAUCCGAGCAAGAUGACCAGACGGACACGGAAAACCUACCCCUCCACAUGAGCACGGAUGAUUCGGGAGCCGAGAAAGAGAAUGCUUCAGUGCUACAGCAAAACGCAUCCCUGUCCGGCAGCCGCAAUGGAGAGGAGAGCCUAAUAGACAAUCCCUACCUCCGGCCAGUGAAAAAACCCAAGAUCCGCAGGAAGAAGUGAGCUGCAGCGAGCUGACGGCAUGGAGGAAGAGGAGGCCCACUGGCUGUCCCAUGGAGGUUUCCUUUGCUGCUAUGAGUGACGCAGGACAAAGGGGAGAUACUGCUGGUGGAGUGGCUGAAGCAGAGGGAUGACCUCCUGUACAUACCAAACUACACUCUUCCUCCCCCUUUCCCCCACUGGCUUGGCAUGGUCAGUAGGGAAGGGGUGUGGAAACCACCAGUCCUCACACUGGAAUCAGCCCAUCUACUCCAGAGAAGACUGAGUUGCAGCUGUGACAUUCCUCCUCUUCAUGGGAUGGAUUUAUCCUGUAAGGAGGAGGCACACAGAAGGGUUUUCACUGCUUACCACUUCCCAGUGGACUGUGCAGAAUGCAAGAAUCUAUGUGCUUCCACAGGCAGGUGGAGUCCUCGUCUAGACUCAAAGAAAGACUUGUCCAUUCCACUCUGCCUGUUUGUAUUGGUGUGCACAGGAUUCACACCAUGGUCCCUGGUUAGCUCUGAUUUCUAUUUGAACCAGAGAUUGGCUUGAGCUGCUGUGCAGAGCUCCAUAUCUUAAACUUCCCUGGAGUUUGAGGUUGUCCAAAGCUAGUGGUUCUGCCAUGAAAUCCAGAACCAGAUUCAAACUUUCCCAAAGUUGCUGAAUAUUCAGAGUUGUUGGUGUUUUGGUUUGGUCUAAAUCCCAUUGUUCAGGAGCAAUGGGCAGGGUUAUGCACGUGUAUCAGGGUCAUGAGGGAGACUGCCCAAGUAUGCCACUUAUUCUAGUGUUUAAAUGUGGAGGUGCAGAAAAUGUUCACCCUAGUUUUUAAAGUGCAUUUAUAGUCAGCCCUUCUUACUCAACAGAUCUGUCAGAAUGGUUCCCUCUUAAUCAAUAGAUCAGCUUCUUGUGUGUCUUUGUCUUAUCGGUGCAUUUCUCUGGCAAAAGUCCAAGAUUUUUACACCUGGUAGCCAUAGUGUUGGAUUUCUCUCUGCUUUGCACAGCAUCAGCUAAAUUCCCUUUGCAGAGGCUUUAUUCUUGAGGCGAGUAUACAGUAAGAGGCAGAAGAAUCCCUGGUGGGUUUUCAGUUCCCAAACUUUGUUUAUAAUGUUGGCAGUUAAAACAAAUCAACUUUUAUCUGGUAAACUGAGUGCAUCUGGUGUGUCACUUAAGGGGAGAGGAAUACAUACAGCACUCCAGAAUGCCAUUCUUUUCUGGCUACAGCUGCACUUAAAAGCAGUAAGCAUGCUGUUUAUAUCGCUCCAGUUAGAGAAUAUUUUCCAGCUGUCUGAACGGCAAGAUCUAACAGCUGCUUCAGGCUCUCUUUCGAUUCUGUUUGGUUUCAGUGCAAUACAGGUCCCCUGAGAGUCUGCCAGCUGUUUGAAACCCACUGUGCUAUAGGUUUUGGAAUACGGAAUGAGAAUCAAUUGACAGACUGUCCUUACGGCCAGUAUUAUGGUCCGUUUUCUCCUGUGGAAAUACAGGGCUUUUAUUCAC